GAAGGCGGAAAUGGGAAGUUCGCUUCCUUUUUAAGAAUCUCUGAAAUAGAUCGUAAGAGAGCACAGUGUGUGUAUAUAUAUAAGUAUCUUCUUGAAAUUAUUCAGUUAACUUUCAAGUCAGGUCUGGCUCUUUGGGCGAAUUCUAGUAGUUAUUUUAAAUGGUCACAAAGGUGAACACGCUGAACAAAGUUUGAGUUAACGUUACUGUCCUGUCUCCACUUUAUGGUAAAAUAGUCAGGUACAGCAUUUAUUAAGCUUAUGAUAACACAUUUAGUAUACAACUGGAAUAGUCAGGGCAGCAGUGGAAAACCAAAGUGAGCGAAUUGUUGCUUUCCUUCAGUAACAUUAGGAAAAGUUCAAAACGGACGAAUCGUUCACGGGUCGCGCAUUAAACAGCGGCCACCGUCAACGCUGCUGGAGUCCGACACUGAGCGCUUCUCAAAACAAGACAUUUGAGGACGUCAGCCUGGGCUUCAGGAAACACCCACCAAAGCACCCACGAAAAGCUAGGAGGUCCUGGAUCACCAGAGGAAGCCAGUGGCAUUCUACUUCUACUUCCCUUCUGGUUCUCAGGAUGUAGGAUGGGCUGAUCAAUAGGACCGCCUGCCUCGGGUCUAGACUCAACUAGCCGCUUUGGACUGUACCUCAAAGGAGAGGCUUGGAUUUCUUGGGAAACUUUUCCUUCUUGUACACUGUGAGCAGCCCAUCAGCCAGCCACGUGCAGCGCUCUGUUGUUAUGGAUGCCUGUGCCCGUAUUAGAGGAGUUCCAAUAAGGUCCAGGGCCUCAGUCCGGAAAGAGACCGUGCGUGACAGUGGGGCGCAGUGUGUGAAGAGCCUCUUCAGGAAUAAAAAGGAGCUAUGCAGCAUUGGCCUGGAGCUGCCAACCAGAGACUCAACAAGACUGACAGAGAUUCAUUUUGUGUGUCUGCCUGGACAAUGUGAAGGAGAAGAUGUCUCCCAACAGGCUCUGUCAUCUCUGCCAGGAGGGCUGUGUGAGCUUCUCAGGUCCCUCCACGUUCACAGCCUCAAGAAUGAUGAGGUUCUGCUCCUCAAAGACUCCCGCAGGCUGGUAGAGCACAAGGACGGCGGGCCUCAGUGUUGGUUAAAGGCCGUGUGUGUGCUGAGGCAUAACCCCAGCACCAGCGUCUACCCUCAGGCCAGUGUAGGAUCUUUGGUGGGUUUACUGGGGUGCUACUUGGCAGGUGUCCGCUAUGCUUUGGAGCUUCAGGCUCUUCAGAGGGGCACAGCUGAGCCCAGCCAGCCAGAGGAAGAUGACACCAACCAGUCGGUCUCAUCAAUCGAGGACGACUUUGUCACGGCCCUGGAGCAUUUGGAGGAGGACGACACAGGAGACAGUCCCUCAGCGUCUUCCUAUCACCAUUUUAAAAAGCGUGAUGUGGCAUCACAGACAGUCCCGGCCCACAAGAGAAGAAAGGAAUUAUCAGGCUCCCGCAUUAUCAUGAGUUCAUCUUCAAAGUAUUCAGCUAAACAUAAGUCAGGUCCAGAUGUGUCUGUCACAGUGCAGAGGUCAUCAGGCGUGGAAUCUCAAUGGACCUACUGCAGUCCUGGAGCUCGUCUCCCCUCGCCACUGAUUCAUGUCAGUGAAUCAGAAGAUUCAGACUGCUCCAGCCCCAGCCCAAUCAUUUUCCUUGAUGAGGUCGGCUACCAGAAGAGCCUGCUGGCCAAGCUGGACAUCCCUCAGGUGCCAGGGGGGCCCAGAGAUCGAGUUGAAGACUCAGACUCCGAAGUCAGUGAAUUCUUUGACAGUUUUGACCAGUUCGAUGACCUGGAUGAGCUGAGCUCAGAGAGCUGCACUCUCGCACUGCCUCUGGAUGCCAUCAGUGCCCUAGCCACACAGAAAAGGUCCACUGAGUCUAGCACCAGCGGGUCAGCAUCCAAAUAUGUUUCUAGGGGCUGCUCAACCAAGGGUAUGAACCCUCACCGCUUUGACCAGCCCACUCUCCCAGCCAAUGUGAAAAAACCCACUCCUCUGAAACCAGGCUCUCCCUACUCACUUCAUUCUGAGGUGCCUGACUCCCCUCGACCUGUGCAGACCCCCUCUGAGGAGAAUGGUGGCCCACUCUUUAGUCCUGUCUGCUCCUCAGCCUUCAGCCCCCUGGUAGACUCUAGUGGGACACUGGAAUACUUCUGGAAGACUGAUGAAGAUGGACGGGACAGCACAGAGCUACGUAAACCCCAGGAUCUCUGCUCUCUGUAUAAGACCUAUUCAGACUUUGCCAGCAGUCUGUCCAAAGAAAUUCUGGGAUCUGUGUGUGGCUAUCAGUCUGCCGUUGACAUCAGUGACAACAAGAAUCUCAGCUGUGUCUGCCACAAGGAAUUCAAGAACCCUUCGGGCUACCUGAUGAAGCUGUCAGAAAUACAAGAGACUGUAACAGUGGCCAAGCUGCAGAAGAAGUCUCAGUCUCUGAAGGAUGGCAUCCAGAGGUUCGCCACUGACCUGGUGGAAAUGAGCUUGGGCAGCGCCUUGCGAGACCUCCAAAAAGGUGUGUCUUCCUGUACCACCACCUUGUGUCACCUAGCUGCCAGGCUCACCUCCUCAGUGUUCCAGAUGGCCUUCCAUGAGAUUGGCAUGCGCCAUGCGUAUGUGUUGAAGGAACGAGCAAUCAAUGGAUUAGCUGGCUUCCUGGUUGGAGAGGCCGUGUCUGGGGCGCUGAAGGAGUUCCUGACAGUGAAAAAACAGAUUUUCCACAGCACAGUGACACGUUUUGCUGCUGAUUUGGCUGAAGAGCUGGUGUUUGAAGGCAUCAUGGAGGUUUGUCAGUUUUCACACCCCUCGACCCCUCUCACCCCUAGUGAUUGGUCCUUUGGCCACAGGCCAGAGGAAGAGGAAGAGGAGGAGGUGGUUUCCUCCUAUGCUUCAGACUUGUCAGAGUCUGUUAUACAGGAGGCCUUCAUAGAGCUCUCUCAGGCUGAUGUUGCCUUCACUAGCCAAGCAGCUAUUAGCGUGUCUCUGGACAACAUCUGUUAUGUCAGUGCAGAGGACACAAGCACUCACACCUGUAGUACCUUCACUAACCAGCAGGUUUUAAGUGCCAGCUCAGCUGGAGCAGUCCCAGGGCCCUCCAAAGAGGAUGCUAGCUGCACAGUGAAGAAGGCCCUGUUCACUGUAUCAGGCAUGGCCAGCUGUAUCCCUGUGCCCCAAGCAGGCCAAGCCCUCUCCCACCUCCAGGACCCUGAGGAGACCUGUCAGUGUAAGUCUAGCUUGUCAAAUACCCCACAGGCCAGCCCCAAAAGAGUGAGUUUAUCUUCCUCUGACACCACUACAUCUACACAAACUAACCUUUACGAUCAUGGCCAAGGAAAGUCCCCAUUCCAAAACUUCUCUGGCAACAUGGUGGAUAUGAUAGUAACUGAGGCUUGUGACCUAAUAACUGCCUCUAAGAUGAAGAAGAGUUUUGGUGACUGUGCUGAUUUCCUCACAAAGACAAUCGGAAGCCGAAGGGACUCUUCUUCUAAGCAGGAGACAGUUAAUUAUGAGGCUCCAGAUUCCCCUUUAAAGCAGGGAGCUGGCAGAGAGAGUUUUAGAUAUGACUGUAGUGAUUCUGGGUAUAUUAGCAAGGGUGGCCCUGAAGAGCAAGCAGCAGACUUUAGCGUUCCUCACAUUUCCUUUCAGACAGGAUCUCAGAGCCAGGGAAGAGCCAGCUGUGAGUUAGACCCCAGGACCAGAGGUGUGGCUGAAACCCAUCCUGUGAUGAUGGAUACUCUUGAUGUGCCGGGUACCGAGAUGGGUGGACAAAGGAGGACAUCUGUUUCUGGGGAUGACUCAGGCCCAAGCUCUGGCCAAAAAUCUGGUGGGACUCCUGAAACUCCUCCUUCCACCCCUCAGCAGCCCAGUGAGGUGUCCAAAGAGAAACAGAUAAAACAGUUCUCCAAGAAGCUUCGAAGCAAGCUGGCUAAGGAAUUUUCCCCCGCUACCCCCCCACCCACCCCUCAUUAUCAGCCUGAGCCUGGCCCAGGGCCGAAAGACAUCACCCCUGAAGCAGACAAGGCUGAAUUUAUGCUUAAACUGAUGCGGUCUCUGUCUGAGGAAGCAGAUGGCAAUGAGGAUGAGGAGGAAGAAUUGGCAGAAGAGGGCAGUGUUGGUGGAACUAACAGAUGUUCAGAGACAGGCGGUGGCCGGCAUGAACUGAACCAGAUGUCCACUCGCAGAAUGUCCAACAAGGAAGCCCUCCACUACGCUGAGCGGUUGGCUUGUCACAUUGUCUCCAUGGCAACAGAGAUGGACACACUCAGAGUUGCAGAGGAGGAGGGAGAGAUGAGCAAGGGCAGCGAGAGGAGGAGAGACAGUGUGGCUCAGUUCUCAGAGCAGACCCUGAAUACCUUGUGGGUUUAUGCUGGGGAGGUAGCAGGAGAGGUCAUCAAUGAUGUGAAGAGGAUGGUGAGCUCAGCCCAGCAGUGUCCAUAUCACAGAGCUCACAGAAGAAGAAGCUUUGACAGAUCUAGCUCUGAAUGUUUGCGUCACCACUACCAGCACCAGUCUCAACCCAGUACAGACCAGAACAAAGACUGGAGGGUAGGGAGGCUGGCUGAGCAAUGGUCUAAUGACCUGAUAGCCUCUGUCUUCCGGUCUCCCACCUCCACAUCAAGUACCAUCUCCAGCUCCACCUCUGGCCUGACCUCCGAGUAUCCCAGCUGUGAGAGUGUGACAGAUGAAUAUGCUGGCUACCUCAUCAGGGUACUGAAAAAAGAGGGAGGCAGUAGGGAGUUGGUCCUAGACCAGUAUGCGAGCCGUUUGGCCUACCGCUCCAUAAAACUAGGCUUGGCUCAUGCUAGUCGCAAGAUCAAGCACAGAUCCUCCAGCAGCCGCCUUCACUCCUCCAAGUCGCUGCCAGAUGAAUGGAAAGCUUCUGGUAGUGAGGCCUCGUCACCCAAGGACAGAGUAGAGUCAGGCGAGGAUGCUCAGUGUUGUUGCAGGGACUCUGAAGAGCAGAGUCAGAGGGAGUACAUGGACCUGUUAAACUUUGCAGAGUCUUUAGCUUACAACAUCACCUGUGAUGUAACACGCAAGCUGCGUCUUUCCUCUGUACGGCUGCCCAAGUCUCUGACUGACUCCUGUCUUUAUAAGAAAUCCAAAUUUGAAGACAUGGCAGAGAAUCUCAUCAGGAACUCCUUCUCUUGCCCCCUGUUGUCCAAGGAGGGUAAGAGCAAGCAUUACCACAGCACAGGAAGCCUGUAUGAUGGAGGCUACAGGAGUAGGGCUAUGCAGGUCAUCGAGCAUUAUGCCAGGAAAAUAGUUAAUGACACUCUGAAGAUGAGCCUGGCUUCAGUUGGACAUUCAUCCCGGGAGCACCAGAGGACCCAAGGCCGUGACAGACACCCUCAUACCCAGAGGUUGUCUGAGGUGCCGUCACUGGGCCAAGCCCUGGGGGAGAGGACAUGCCGUUAUUGUCAGGUCCAGGAGUGCCCGUACUGCACCAAACUCAGCAGGCACCACCACCAGCCUGUAUUACAGAGGAGGAAAAGAGGGCCUGAAUGUCACUCAAGGGCUGAGAGGCUUUCUAGCUUAGAGAUUCCCAAGAUCCACAUUGACCUUGACAACAGGGCAAUAUUUGCAGAGGAGAUGGUGUCCAUGGCGAUGGAGACAGCUAAACGUGAGCUGAGCAACACCAGUCUUAAUGCUGACAGUGGCAUCGGCCAUGAUGGAACCAGCUACGCUGAGAGCCUCACAGCCGAGAUCAUGACGUCAGCCCUGUCCAACAUCUGCCAGGCUGCCAGCAUCAGCUGUCCAGGUAGGGAAGCCACUGAGUCCUCUGUGUCCCAGCAGCUAAGUGUAGGAGAUGACAGCCUGGGCAGCUGGUCUAACCUGAGCUUUGAGGAUGAGCACCCGGACGACAACAGCAGCUUCCUUCACCUCAGUGACAGCAGCAAUGGGAACAGCAGUAGCUGGAGCAGUCUGGGCCUGGAGGGGGAAGCUUGUGAGGAGCGCAUGUCAUUCUCUCCCUCUGACAGUGACAAUACAGAGGACAAGGAGACUGAAGUCAAAGAGGAAUCCAGCGGGACUCUCUGUGUGGACAGGAAUCAGGUGCAGGCUCCCAGGGCCGCACUGGUCAUGCUGAACUCGGACGCCAGGGAGCUCGGGCGCGGCCCCCAUCACGUGAGCCUGGACUCUCAGCUCAGGACCAUGCUGCAGUGGGUGGCGGCCUCCAUGACCGACGUCCCCCUGAUCCAGCUGAGUCUCGACAGAGAGCUCCAGCAGCUCCCAGCAGUGGUCCAAAGACUUCGGGAGAGGAAGUGGAGGGUGGGCGAGCUGCUGCACUCGCUUCUGCGCUACUGUGAAGAGAGUCAGACACACAGUCAGUCCCAGGCCAGAGAGGAGGCCGUCCAGGCGGGCAGAGACCUUCACCGCAUCCCCCUCUUCCAGUGGCUUCUGGAGCACGCCUAGGGCCUCUCCUUUUUUCUUUUAUCAUCUUUUAUCUAUUAAUUUAUCGGGCUGCAUAUAUCACACGUGUUGAUUUAGUGAGCUGUCUCUCCUGCCCGCCUACACUUCUGAAUUAAAGCCCUCACACCUU